AUGGAGGAGCCCAUCGUACGAGAGCUGGACGAGAAGACGACCAAUCACAACACCAGAGCAGAUGGAGUCGAUGUAGCCGAUGCAGCGGUCGACGAAAAGAAGAAGGCCAUCCUCGAGGCUUGCAGGCGAAGGGACUUGGACGCCCUGAGGACGCUGGCCGAGUCGCCCGGAGGCUUCCUGUCGGACAACAUCCGCCAGCAAGCAUGGCCAAUCCUCCUGGGCCUUCCACCGGACCAUGUCAAGUCGGAAGCCGGUCAUGACGGGGUUGAGUCCUCUUCCCCCCCGUGGGAAUCUCUCCCGCCUCACAAAGACGAGGACCAAGUCCAGCUCGACGUCAACCGCGCUUUCAUUUACUAUCCCGACAACCAAUCCGAAGCACAGCUCGCCCGCCAAAAAGCCCUCCUCUCCAACCUCAUCGUCUCCGUCCUCCGCCGCCACCCCUACCUCAGCUACUUCCAAGGCUACCACGACAUCGCGCAGGUCCUGCUCCUGGUCCUGCCGGCCCGGCUGCACCAGCCGUCGCUGACCUCCCUCUCGCUCUUCCACAUCCGCGACUUCAUGCUGCCGUCGCUGGCGCCGGCGGUCGCGCAGCUGCACCUGCUGCCGGACAUCCUGCGGGCGGCCGACCCGCCGCUGUGGCGGCACCUGUCGCGCACGCAGCCCUUCUUCGCCCUGUCGGGCACGCUGACCAUGUACGCGCACGACAUCACGACGCAGCGCGCCGUGGCCCGCCUCUUCGACGCCCUGCUCGCCCGCCCCCCGGCCUUCAGCCUCUACCUGUUCGCCGCCAUCGUGCGCGCCCGCCGCGCCGAGCUGUUCGCCACCCCGCCCGACGAGCCCGAGAUGCUGCACAGCAUCCUCUCCAAGCUGCCCGUCCCCCUCGACCUCGAGGCCCUCCUGGCCGAGGCCGCCCGCCUCGAGCGCGAGGUCCCCCCCGAGCGCCUGCGCGCGUGGCGCCGCAUCUCCAGGUGGAGCGUGCUGAAGACUUGGGAUGCGGACGGCGGAGGAGGAGGGGAGGAGGGUGGAAAGGGGUGGAGGAGGGUGGAGGUGGGCAGGGCGUACUUUGAGAGGCAGGUCGCCGAGUUGCUGUGGGAGGAGAAGAAGGAACGGGCGAGGAAGUGGCUGUGGAGGCAUCGUCGGCCGGCGGGGACGGUCGGGGUCGCAAUCUUGGUCGGCGUGCUCGCGGUGCUGCUGCGGAAGGGGCCGUUGCCGGCGCCGCUCGUGUCGGGGCUGGCGUAUGUGUCUGGUUUGCUGGGGAGGUGGUGGCGGUAGAUGUUGCUUUUUUCCUUUCUUUUCUAUCUUGUAGAACUUCGAAAGAUACUCUAUGUACCGUGUUUAGAU